AUGGCAGCUUCCUUCCCUGUAGAAAGCAAGAACAUGGCUGAUCAUGAGGAUCCAGAUAGCUUCCAGGACUUCCUUCCGACGAUGGCGGCGCGGCUGGGGACGGAGGGGCUGAUCGAGGAACUGUGCAAGGGGUUCCGGCUGCUGAUGGAUCCAGCGAAGCGGGUGAUCACCGUCGAGAGCCUGAAGAGGAACUCGGCGGCGAUGGGGGUGGCGGGGCUCGGCGACGAGGACCUUGUGGAGAUGGUGAGGAAGGGGGACCUGAACGGGGACGGAGCCUUGGACCAGAUGGAGUUCUGCGUGCUCAUGUUCAGGUUGAGCCCCGAGCUCAUGGAAGGCCGUGAGGGAAGCUCUCGAGACGUUCAAGUCCCUUGAUGAGAUCAGUACUUAACGCUUCUCCUCCUCCUCCUCCUCGAGGAGCUCCACUGUGUGUAAUUUAUAUGAGUGCGCUCAUAAUCUCUCAUCAGACUCGAUGUUUUAUGAAAAGGAACAUAAAAUUAAUAAUUAGAUAAUAAAAUACAUGUUUUUUGAAUAUUGAA